AUGGCUUCAGGGGAGCAGAGGAGACAGGAGGAGCGGCGCAGGCGCAGGGCUCAGCAGCAGGAGCUGCAGGUGGCAGAGAGCCUGGGCAAGCACCCACUGCACAACAGGUGGGCCCUGUGGUUCUUCAAGAAUGACAAGAGCAAGAUGUGGCAGGCCAACCUACGCCUGGUCACCAAAUUCAGCACGGUGGAGGACUUCUGGGCGCUGUACACCCACAUCCAGCUGGCCAGCAAGCUGACAUCGGGCUGUGACUAUUCCCUCUUCAAGGACGGCAUUGAGCCCAUGUGGGAGGACAGCCAGAACAAGCGUGGUGGGCGCUGGCUCAUCACCCUCGCCAAGCAGCAGAGGCAUACAGAGUUGGACCGCUUCUGGCUGGAGACGCUCCUGUGCCUCAUCGGGGAGAUGUUCGAUGAGUACAGCGAUGAGGUGUGCGGGGCCGUCAUCAACAUCCGUGCCAAGGGGGACAAGAUCGCCAUCUGGACCCGGGAGGCGGAGAACCGGGAGGGGGUCACCCACAUCGGGCGCGUCUAUAAGGAGCACCUGGGGCUGUCGCAGAAGGUGGCCAUCGGGUACCAGGCGCACGCGGACACGGCCACCAAGAGCGGCUCCCUCACCAAGAACAAAUUUAUUGUGUGA